GUAACUUGAAAGUAAACAAUUGUCGAUAGCGUUUUUCGCGAAAACAACAUGUGCGAAACGGGAAAUGUUAGGAAAUGUCGCUUGUGUCGAUCGUUCCACGGAAACCGCACUUCGACGUUUCAUCAAACUGUACAAGACACAGGAAUAUGGACGAUGCCGUGACGACAUAUAAGUCUUCCAAGACGAAGAUGAAAUGCGACAUCCAAGCAACGAUUACAUGCAAUACGAAGACACGGUGACAGUUGCUAUAUAAGCUGAUUAACUCCACGAGUUUUCAAUAUAUUUCAACCGAACGUUCGUAUAUUCUGGAUGGCGUCGUGUGAGACCGAAGGCGUUUAAAAACUCAAGUAAUUAUUGAAACUGUUUCGUAAUGCCAAGCCAAGAGACAAACCUGACACCUAAUUUCACCCGAGGAAGAAACUAGUGCAAGCAGGUUGUGCUAGAGACAUUGUUGGGUUGCUGUCAUGUCUGUCUAAAGGUUCAUCUCUGUGCAGUGACAAACUAUGGCCGCGGAGUAGAAGAAACAUGAAUUGCAGCUGCAAUCAUAUUGGCUAUCGGGUUACUAAGACAGAAGGACAUUAUUGUAUCCACACCUACGUGAGCUGGGCGUAUUCGAGAAGUCGGGCUCCGGAAAUCUUCCAGACAGUGUUUGGUUUGGUCAGUUUGUUUGGCUGAUGUUUGUGCCGGCCAUACGAUCGUCACCAUUGUUAAACUCUGGUGAUGAGGUGAAGUGCGACAUAAUGAGUGAGGGCCAGAAGAUCCAGGCAGAAGGAUAUGGGGACAUGGUAAUACAGAAACUUCAUACACUUCGACAAAACAAUGAACUCUGUGACUUCAGGGUCUCAGCUGAUGGCCGCGUCUUCGAGGUCCACAAGGCCCUUCUUGCGGCCACCAGCGACUACUUCCGGGUCAUGUUUGGAGGGGUCAUGGCUGAGAGCAAGCAGGACACUGUUGACCUCAAGGGUGUCACGGCAGACGGCCUGCAACAGGUCAUCGACUUUAUCUAUUCUGGAGAGAUGGCGCUGCACUACGAAAACCUCACAGAGAUCAUCAACACAGCAAGUCACCUGCAGGUUGCCUCUGCCCUUGACGUCUGCAGCACUUACAUCAAGUCCCUGAUGACCUUCGACAAUGCUGAAGAUUUCCUCAACAUUGCAGACACCUAUUCCCUGGAGAAGGUCCUCACGCACUGGGAAAACAUGAUCCAGGAAAAGUUCUAUGACUUCAGUCAGACUCAGGCAUACCUCAAGAUGGACGCUGAAACCUUGUCCAAGCACCUGUCACGAGAUUCCUUGAGGAUCACAUCGGAGUAUCAGUUACUGUGUUGUCUUGACAAGUGGUUCAGGUCAAAUCCAAUGAGAAUUGUCAACGACGGAUUCACUGUGUUCUCCAAGAUUCGAUUCCCAUUGAUGUCGGAACAGGAACUGGCAAUGGUUCGGGACAGUGAAAUAAUACAGAGAUGUUCCACCCAAGUUAAAGAGCUGGUGCGCAAAGGGUAUCACUAUCACGAUGCCUGCAAAAAGGGGCAUCCAAUGAUCGACGAGUCGACAAGGGUACGGAGCAAUUCUUCGUCUAUAAUCCUCAUCCAUCACGGCACCUCGUACAUGCCCUUCCAGGUGACGGCCUACAACAGCAAUGCCGGCAUGUUCUACAGCGUCUACUCUGACGUUAAUGGUAGCAGAGACUGCAGGAUUGCCUCAGUGGAUAACUUUGCGUACAUUUGCCGAGUUGUAGAUUUUGGAGGAGGGACAUUAAUGAGCUCCCUUUUUAGAUUUGAUCCAAGACAUCUGAUUGGUCAAGAGCUUCGACCAAUGAGAAGACUGCGAAUCGAUUUCACCCUGGUUUCGUUUAAUCGGAGUGUGUACGCAUUUGGAGGUUCCACGGAACAGUUCGCAAUCUUGGACUCGGUGGAACGGUACAGCGCUGUGAACAACACAUGGGAGGACAUUGUGGCCAUGCCUGCCCCAACCCAUUCUCUAUCUGCUAUAGUUUACGGAGAAAGAAUAUACCUCUCGGGUGGCAUUUCCGGGCAAGAUCGACAAACUAUCAAUACUUUUAUCAGUUUCGAUCCUGCUACACAGCGCUACGAAACUAAACCAGGAAUGUUUUAUGCCCGACGCCUCCAUGACAUGGUAGCCUAUGACGGGUCUAUAUACGUUCUAGGGGGCAUCCCAAGGCCCGGGGUUCCCCUUCAUGGACAAAUUCCAAUAGAGUGUUUUAGCUUCCAUACUAAUCAGUGGACUAUGCUGUCAUCCACCCUAAGUGGGCGGUCAGUCGGUCACUAUAUCAACUUUGAAGGUCAGAUUCUUUCUCUAGGUCAUGAGCACCACAAUGCUACUGAGGAUGAAAUAUGGGCUUAUGACACAGAUCUAGAUGAUUGGUCGAAAUAUGCAAAAGCUCCACAGAGAAUGAGUUUGAACUCUGCUAUUUGCACACAACUGUAUGUUAACUUUGACGAUGAAAAGAUCGCGAAGAAGUUUAUCAAGGAGAAGUGAUUGCUGGAUACUGCAUCUGUAACAAAAGGAGUGAUCAAGAGGACGUCAAGCUUCGUCACGGUUACAGAGUGCAAGAAACAUCGCUGUGAUUUUACCAAGCAUCUUGAGAAGAGUCUCUCUGCUUGAACCUCUAAUGGAGGAGACUAAAGUGUAUAUUGCUGAGCUUUGCGGUAAUCAACGGCAAAGGUUGAUCUCAGGCAUUGAUGGGGUCUAUCUCAAGCUUCUGUGACAUGACACUUGACAUGACUAUCACAGUUGUAUUUCUCUAGACAAUACCUCAAAAAGUUUUGAGAUGGUCCCUAUACCUUUUUUUAACAGGCCAAAGUUAUGAGAAUUGUUUUUAAGAGUACCUCAAUAUUCUAUCCUCAUCAGUGAUUGGCUGCUGUUGGCGAUGCAGACUGGGAGAUUUUUAAUUGAUAAAAUGCACAGAGCUGAUGUUCAACCUGGUUUGAAGUGUUUUCUGAUUGUAAUGGCUUUACCCUGCUUCAGAUAUACUUCAUUAUGUAAAUGUGAAACAGUUCAUGCAAUAUUUCUUGAAACUUUAAUGUGAAUGAAUUUUGUGGUAAGGACUGCACAGUUUUAGUUUGUGGUUUACAAAUUUGAGCCGUUAAGUUUAGGUCAGUAACUUUGAAUAUUUUCUCUUUCCCUUUUUAAGUAUAGUUUUUUAUUUCUCACAAUUUGUCAUUAUUUGUUGUGUUCUGAAGUUUACAAAAUAAUGUUUCAACAGGUUUUAAUUAUGGUAUUUUAAAUAUUUCGUUUACGUUGAUAGAAACAGUAUUUUUUAGAAAUAUUUUACUUAUCUCUGAUGGCCAGAAUAAAAAACACUGCUUUUCA